UAAAUUGUCACGUGUAGAAAACACAAGUGGCUGCAAAAAAGUUGUCAGAUGCGAUUUUGACAUGGAAACGAUGUUUUUGUCAUCGAAGCAGAUAGACACACACUGGCGUAUUGCAACAUGCAACUACGCCUACUAGGAAGAAACGCAUCAUACUUGGUGAUACGCGCACAGUAUCUUGCAAACCAGUUCCUACGUACAGUAGACUACCAAGUGUGACUAAGGUAAUGUGCCCAGGAGUUAAAGUUUUUGCACCACAUCCUGAGCUAGUGUGGUCAACUGCGAUCGUGGAUGACAUCAAGGAGAGUGGGAGUAUUGUUGUGAGGUUCUUGGAUAACAAGACACAAACUUUCGCAGCGCGCACAGAGCUCCCCCUGGCGGGAGACUAUGGAUGCUUGCAGUGUGAGAACCUCACGCAGAUAAGUCCUCUAAGCAAUGCAGCAGUUCUGGACUGCAUCAGGGAUCGGAGCGAGCAUCGUGCGUUCUACACGAGGGUGGGCAACACGCUGCUGGCUGUCAACCCGUGCGAGAUGAUGCCGACGAUGUACGGUAAUCGUGCCAUCGGCGAGUACUCCCGCGCAGCCAUGGACCUGCCUCCACACGUAUUCUCUGUGGCUGACGCGGCGUACAGAGAACUGUGCCGCGGUGCCGGCAGCGACUGUGGGGGCGCCACCGACCAGGCGAUCAUAAUCAGUGGUGAAAGUGGAGCAGGAAAGACGUGCACGGCACGCUACAUCAUGAAGUACCUGACAAGCGUUGCCGUGCAGGACUGUCAUGGCGUGACGGCAUCGACAACGACCGAUGCGAAUCGCAUCGAGAUGAAGAUCCUUGACUCGAACCCGAUCCUCGAAGCGUUCGGUAAUGCUAGCACGGUCCACAAUGGCAACAGCAGUCGCUUCGGAAAGUUCGUACAGAUGCAGUACGGUGCUCGCAACCAAAUUGUAGGCGCCCGUCUAGAGACGUACCUGCUAGAGAAAACGAGGGUGAUCGCACGCGGUGCUGGAGAAAGGAAUUUUCACAUCUUCUACCAAAUGCUUUGUGGUGCCAACGCAGAGGAAAUGUCAUUAUGGCAAUUAGAACGGCCAGAAGAGGGCAGCACGUUUAACUAUGUUGGGGAUCACUCAAAGAACCAUGAUGAUGACAAGGAAGGGUGGUGUGUGACAAAGGACGCCAUGUCUGAUAUCGGUUUGUCGUUCGGCGAGCAGAAUCAUGUCUUUGUCAUGCUGAGUGCCAUCCUACAUCUCGGCAACGUCACCUUCGAGGAUUUCGAAGAUAUGUCUGCGUCGGUGGUCAACGAAAAGGACUGCAGCUCUGUGCGAGGCUGGCAGCUCUCAGCGCGUCUGCUGGGGGUGGACCCAUCCAAGAUGGCCGCCACGUUGACGGUGCGCACGAUCACGGCGUCGCAUCGGAGGCGGUACAGCAUCUUCCACAAGCCAUGCUCGCCACAGGAGUGCAUCACGAGGAGGGACUGCCUUGCCAAGCUGCUCUACAACAGGAUCUUCCGGUGGAUGGUGGAAUUCAUCAACGUCCAUAUUUCUACUGCUGAUGCAGCCGUCAGGACCUCCAUAGGUCUGCUGGAUGUGUAUGGCUUUGAGAGCCUACAGAACAACAGCCUGGAGCAGCUCUGCAUCAACUACACAAACGAAAAACUGCAGCAGCACUUUGUGAAAAACUUCAUCAAGUUGCAAGAAGAGGAACACAUUGCAGAGCGUCUACAGUGGCUCCCUCUUGCCUACAACGACAACCAGGAGUCGCUGAUGUUACUAGAAGGCACUCCUGGUAUCUUUACACUGCUCAAUGAGGAGUGUAGACUGAUGAGAGAAUCAAACUCAGCAUCGGUAGCUGACAGAAUUGUCACACAGCUCGCCGCCAACCGCAGCUUGGUGGCGCCACCGAAACCGAGCCGAAAGUGCGAGUUUGUGGUGCGACAUUACGCCGGGGAUGUCGUGUAUGUUACUGAUGGCAUGGUGGAUAAAAACAAGGACAAGGUGCCAGAAGAGCUAACAGACUUGCUGCGCAACAGUAAGAACGUCUUUGUUAGCUCGCUAUUCUGUGACAGUGAGGACAACGUUGACGACGAUCAUGCCCGAGGUAGACCCAACCAAAAGCAAACGGUGCUCUCCAAGUUCAAGGAAUCGCUGGUGGGGCUGAUGUCACGGCUCGAGCGUAUGCGGCCGCAUUACAUCCGCUGCAUCCGGCCUAACGCGCGCGCCGCGCCGCGAGACUUUGACAGCCGCUGCGUGAUGGCGCAGCUGGAGGCAUGCGGAGUCCUUGCCAUGGUGCAAAUUAGCAAGGCCUGCUACCCCGACCGGAUCUCAUAUGAGGAGUUCUCGCUGAGAUAUCGUCUACUGCUCGGCAAGACUCCGGGAAGUUGCAAGAGUGUGAAAACGCCGCGACAGAAAGUGAACGAUGCAGACAAGGAGAACGCCGGUGCACCCUCGGCUAGUCACUCUAACGAUGGGAGGGGGAGUGCUGUGAAGGCUUCCCUGUCAUCCCCGUGCAUCAAUGCAGGCAAGCAGAAGACCUCGCGCCGGCAAACCACUGCCAUAUUGAGCCAAGAAUUUGGUGAGGAGUGUCUCACGUUGACUGACCAAAUGCAGUUUGGCAGGACUAAAGUGUUUCUCAAAGACAAGAUGAUUGGCAAACUGGAGGCAAGUAGAGCCAUUCUUAGGACACGCUGUGCUAGCGUCGUGCAGAGGUGUUGGCGACGUUACGUCGCAGCGUGUCAGCGACAGCAGCAGCAGCAGCAGCAUGAGGCAGCUAGCCGCAUUCAAGCAGCAUUCCGACGGUGGAAGGUGCGACGCACAUUUGUGAGGGUGUGUAGGGCUGCCAUUACUGUCCAGUGCUGGUGGCGCUGCCUCGUGGUCACACGACGAAUCGAACAACAAGAACUGCAUCGGCACAGCAGUGCCGGCGACGCUGCCACAACAAUCGCCGACAAAGCAGAAAUCGAGUCGUCAGGUCACGAAGAGGUCACUCUAUCGGAGGGAUGGAAGUCCGAGGAGGGAAGGCGUCAUGCAGCCUUAGGAACGACGUCCGGCGCCCUCAUGUGGCACUCGAGCACACGACUUCUGUCAGCUGAGACGUGUGUGACGCUCUACGAGGCCCUGAACGAGGUGCGCGAGGGAGGAGCCCUCACCUACCCCAACCUGCCUCACCUAUUCCACAGAGACGGACUGUUGUCUGUGAGGAGAAUGCCACGGGUGAACAUUCGAUUCCAUACAAAGCCGAACAAGAUUUUGAAAAAUGCACAUCUUUGUCCCCAGAAGGAGUUUAGAUGCAGUCUGCUGGAUUGCCUUCUCACAUAGCGGCGUUAUAUUGGUUGCCAUGGAAACAUAUGCGUGCAAACAACUGGUGCUGUUUUAACUGUUUGUAUAUGUGGUUGAUAGCGAUUUAAGACGUGUAAUUUUUAAUUAAUUAUGAUAGUGACUCAUUGAUCAUGUGCCUAUGCGCACAAAUCGCUGGUAUAUAUAAUAGAUAAACGAAAUUGGAAGGGUCCGUUAAUUAUUAUAGUAUCGUGUUUAAUUGUUUAUUAUUAUUAUUAUUUAAAAGUACAAUCACAACGCCUUUGUGACACUGUGUGCAUGUUGGCCAUGUAAUAACUGUUAUACUUUGGUAAUUAUCUUAUAACCAUCUUUAAAAGUAUAUGAAAAGGGCAUUUAUUUUAUCUUGCGGUAUUGAUGUUAGUCGCUGCAUGCAGCUAAAGGCAUUUAGGCAGCAUCAAGUUAUAUAACGUAUACGCAAUACGUUUACACUAUAUAUACGUUACACUGAUUCACGACACUAAUGAUCACGACGGGGGAAAUGACAGAUAAACUAAGCUGGAAUUAUAUUGUGUAUUUACCAUACCAAAAUUUUGCGUGCGUGUGUGCGUGCGUACGCGCACGUUUGCGUUAGUAUGUAUGUAUGUCAGGUAUAAAUAUAAAU